UGACCUUCAUGUUGGCCGCACUUUUGCGACCUCCACCGCUGCGGUCUGUGGCUCGGCGUUCUUUCACUGUCUCUUUUCCUCGGUUGGCGGGGAAGCUCCCAGAUGUAGGAAAUCCUCACGAAACAUUCGACGCGUCGCCUUCCCCCGCGGCACCUCUGCAUGCAUACCCCACUGAACCCUCCGGUGCCAUGGAUGUCGGCCAAUACAUGUCCACGGUUUCUCAGGAUAUCUCCAAGCGCGCUGAACUCUCCGACAUAGUACCAGUAGGGCCGCUAAGGAAAGAACGAGUCAUCCCGCAUCGCCUGCACUGUCAUUCGACAAACAGAAAUACCAUCAAUACUUUUACGGAUCCCAACGGGAACACUAUUUCAUGGUUUUCCGGCGGUUCAUGUGGGUUCAAAAAACACAACCGCUCGUCGUAUGAGGCAGGGUACCAAUGCGCUGUGCGGAUGUUCGAGAGCAUGGCUCCUGUUUUGACGCAGGGAGAAGGGGUCAAGGUGGAUCUGUUCUUGAAGGGCUAUGGUCAGGGGCGAGACGCGAUGCUCAAGGCGCUCAUGACGGAACAAGGAGAAAAAGUACGAGGCAAUGUAGUGUCCAUCACGGACCGCACUCCCAUCAAAAUUGGAGGAACGCGGUCAAGAAAGAUGAAGAGACGGUAGACGUCGUCCUGCGGCCGCUCAGAAAAGUACUUCUAUACUCUAUAGCUUUGCUGUCGGCUCGAAGUGCGCGUCGCUGCUGUACUUCAAAUACGCCUCCCGCUGCAGCGAAUUGAAUCCGACGCGUUUGUCCAUCUCUAUGUCUUCUAUCAAUGCCUCUGUUCCAAUGUCAGCAUUCGAGAAUCCAGUUGUGUCUGUCAUCUACCCCUAGAUGUAUAAUCAAGCUCUGGCCGAAUGUAGCCCAGCACGAUGGCUUUCAUCUCAUAGCCAUAGAAGUCGGAGUGGUAUUCGUGCAUGAUGUGAAUUUCCUGUGUAUUGAAUUCACGCGACCCUCUUGCACGCAGAUAAGCAAGACUCACGGCUGUGAGGCGCUCGUUUUUAUAGAAUGGAUUCCAUCCGAGGCUCAUAACCAUGGGCUGCACGCUGCGAUCCUCCUGACUCAUCUCUGAGGGGCCGUCUUUAGACGGCAGUACCUGCGCAUAACCGUAGUAGACUCCGGUUUUCGCCACGGUGCUCAUGACAGUAAUCGAUUCGUCUGGUAGAUUGGCUAUGUCGAGUCAGUUGAGAUGUCUCAGCGAGAGAUUGGGUCGUUUCGAACCAGUGGGGCAUCCCAACUCCUUCCCCCCACGACCGAAUCCUCGUUGCACGGGUCCCGACAGGAAGAUGGGAAACGGAGCUUCAGGUAGAUCCGGCCCUACGAUUUCAGGACGGGAAAGCCGAAACUCGGAGGUCUUCUGAGGCGCUUCAGGACGCUCAGCUAGCUGUGCUUGUUCGGCUGCGGUGGGCAUGGGAGUAGAAACAAAGUGGGAUGUGUGACAUGAUAAUGAGGCGAGUUAUGAUCAAGAUAAUCUGGUAGCGCUGACUCAUGACCUUGAUGCCAACAACGACCUAGUAGUAAGCGAAGCUGUGUGUCCCUUUCCAGUUCGACGACUCGCGAUGCAGAGUCAGCCUCCUCCACCCUCGUCAUACUACGCGUACCAGACGCCGGCUACGCCUGCUCCUGCUCCUGCGGGAUCCUACAAUCCAUAUGCUCAAUAUUCCACGCAAAUUCCCGGCUAUUCACAGAGCUACUUUGCGAGCUAUCAUCUCCCUCCCGCUCCGCCGCCGAAGCCUGCAACUCCCCCUCCCGCUGAUUUGCCUCCACCUCCCCCGGAUCUCACGUCUAUCACACCCGCGGUGGCUUCGGGCGUGGUCCAACGGCUGAUAGUAUCCGAAUUGAAGGCCGCAGGAUUCGCGAGCGCGCAGUCGAAGCCAGUGGAACUGCUGGAAAGAAAUGUGGUGGCUUUUAUCGAGCGUCUCUAUGAACGUGCACAUCAAUAUGCGAACCUUUCUAACCGCUCCUCCGCCAUCGUAACCGACCUAAUUCUCGCGUCUGACGAAUUCGGCCUUCCACCAGAGGAGCUCAGACCUUUACGGAAGAAACUUGCCAGAAGGAAGAAGAAGGGAAAGGCACGAUCUGCACCAACUCUUGACCCUGCGCCCUCGCGUUCACCAUCUCCGGAACGGCUACCUUCAGACGAUGAAACUCAACCCGCAAUUCCUUUGAGUCUGAGAGGGCUUCCGCACACUUACCCCACGUUGCCACCGAAGCACACAUACCUGCGGACACCGGCAAGUCGUGCAUCGCCGCCAAAACGAGCUGCUAUUCCUACACUGGAAAAGAAACUCGAAACUGCCGCAAGAGUCCAGACGUCAUUGAAAAACCUGAUGAUCGCCACGGAAGAUGCCCAAGGCCAAGAAGAUGGUGAAUUGUUGGGACACAUUGUCAACUGCGAAACCUACCUCCAUCCUCGAAAGCGAUGGAAACUGACACGCAAGCGCGCAAAGACUUCACACUCAGGAUAAUUCGGGAAGGGUUGCUACGAUGCUGUAUAUUGUUUGUUCUUAAUUCGCAUUGCUCUCGUCAGCCGCGGUGGACGUUUGGAAUCGGGAAGAACGCCUUCGCGGCAAGUUUUCGAACUUGGUCAUGCGAGCUUGAGCUUUUACUCCAGCCGCAGUCGGCUGAGCUGGGCCUCUUACAGCGGACUGCCGAGGUCGCUUGCUCGAUGGGCCCGAAUCGCUGUCCUCGGAGUCGGCUGCCUUGCGCUUCUUCGACGAAGCUGUGGGUUUCUGCGGCGGACGUCCUUUUUUUGCCUUCGACGUGACAUCUCCGACUGGUUCUUGAGUUUCCUUGGCCGAAGCGACCUUCUUUGUGGGCUGGGCUCUCCUUGGUUGGGGACGAGCAGCUUGUGCAGCAACAUCACCUUGAAGAGUGUGGUCACGUGUAGGCUGAGGAGUGGCUUGCACGGAUUCAGGGACCGGUGAGUUAGCUCCAGAACGAAGGACGCCUGAUUGAAUAAGUUCCUCGUAACGAAUACGACACUAACGCCAAUGAGUGAGUUAUUGAGAUGGAAGCAGUUGACACACCGUAUUUCCUGAUUUGCCGAUCAGACCAGACACCACUUUCCAUUUCUUGCCGACUUUUUCCACCGCCUCGGCGAGUUGUUCGUCAGCCUCGUCAUCCCAGCCUUCCAUUUCUUUGCCUUCAGUCGUUCCAUGCACCUGCCAUCGCUCGCGACAUUGUUCGUGCGUUCGGCCAGGCAUGGCGCUCGCAACUUCAGACCAGGACGGUCCAUACCCAGCUACCGCAGCCUGUAGCCGUGCGUCCUCUUGAGUUGUCCACGCUCCACGGCGAACCGAAGGGUCCAGAAAACGGGCGUAUCUGCCAGAGCAUUGCUGAGGCGUAAGAUCUGACGCAACAAACUUGGCCACUGCUCAAAUUAGUCCGGGCUAGGAUGCAGAACAUAGUUCGACACACCCAGACUCCACGAUUGCCCGUAUUGGUUGACGGCAUCGAGGAUCUUGCGGUCAGAUUCCGUAGUCCACGAGUGUCUCGUCCGGCUCGCGCCGUGCCGCAUGCAAUCGAGAGGGAGACGGUUGGUCUAACGGAGUCAGUGCAAGCAAGACAUGGCGCAUAGAGAUUGAAUCUUACCCCUAGUUCGCGUGCGACGUCUACCCAAUUGAUCGGAGACCCUGCGGGGCGCUUUCCGAUGAUCGUUUGUAACGUCUGUGUUUCUUGCGAACUCCAUGGUUUUUGGUUGCAGUUCGCCUGCCAUUUGAUGCGGCAUUCCUCGGCAGAGCGUGCAUAUGAAGAGGCGUCAGAUACCUGUCCGAUGUCAUCCAUGCCGACUAGAUUGAACUCAGAAGAUCACACCUUCUCAGCUAUGACGGACCAGUUGAGUCUCUUCAGGAUGUCAGAGGUACUGGGGAGAGAUCUGGAUAUGAUCGCCGGUUUUCGGAGUCCA